CAAGGACUACUUCACCUUCAUACUUAAAAAAAAUACAGAAAAAAAUCCCAUGUCUCCUUCCAUGCUCUCUCCUCUGCUCUACCAAGAACUAAUGAGCCUUCGAUCUUCAAGAAGGUUUCUACAACAAUACCAUCUUCACCAAAGUCCACCUAUAGCCGCCAUACCUCCACCUCCACCUCCACCCAUGAUAAACAACCCAGUGGACCCCACAGAGCCUUAUAAUGGCACUAAUGGGUUUGAUGCCAAUGUGGUAAUGGUGUUAUCAGUUCUGUUAUGUGCCUUAAUAUGCUCACUAGGGUUAAAUUCCAUAAUCAAGUGUGCCCUAAGAUGGUCAUAUUUCAUGCCAACAGAGUCUAAUGAAACAGCCACUUCAAAUUCAGAAAACACAGGCAUCAAGAAAAAAGCUUUAAAGACUUUUGCUGUAGUGAAUUAUUCACCUAACUUGAAGCUCCCUGGUCUUGGUACUGAGUGUGUUAUAUGCUUGUCAGACUUCGCCACGGGAGAGAAACUGAGACUCCUGCCGAAAUGUCUCCAUGGAUUCCAUAUCCGGUGUAUUGAUAAGUGGCUCAAUACACACUCUUCAUGCCCAACCUGCAGACACUGCUUGAUUGAGACAUGUCAGAAGAUUGUUGACAGUGAUCAGGCUAGCUCAUCACAGACAGAUCCACCCCAGGCAACUAUUAUAAACAUGGCACCAUUAGAACGUGAAGAUUUGGUGAGAACUUACAGGGCUAAUUGUUAAUAAUACCACCCUUAGUUUGUCCAACUGUAACUUGUAGAUUUCCUAGGAGGCACAGUAAACCAUGUCAGAAGCAGACAUAGCUUCCAAAUUGUAGAUUUUGUACAGUAAGGAAUUAUUGUUUGUAUCAAGAA